AUGUCAAAGGUGACAUUUAUGGCUGCUCUACAACUCUUACAAACACAUCAUCAACAACAACAACAACAAAAUACACCAAAUAGUGCCAUUUAUCAGCAUAAUAAUGAAGAACCACUUACACUUACAAAAAUUAGUAAAUCAACAAGCAGUGAAAAUGAAAAAUCAGACGCUGAUGAGCUAACAAUCGCUUCAACAUUGGCAGCAUUACCAGAUCGAAACAAUCAAACAAUUGGAACAACAGUGGAUGGAAUUAAUUUAGAUGAAAUGAAAGAAUUUGCAAAACAAUUCAAAUUACGUCGACUCGCAUUAGGUCUUACGCAAACACAAGUCGGUCUAGCUCUUAGUGCUCAGCGAGGUCCCUCCUAUUCUCAAUCAGCAAUAUGCAGAUUUGAAAAGCUUGAUAUCACGCCGAAGAGCGCAACAAAGAUCAAUCCGGUUCUCGAACAAUGGAUGCCUGAUGCAGAAGUUAAAUUUAGAGACAGGUUGAAAAAUGGUCCUACUAAUUGCAUGAAUUAA